AUAUUGAGAAGUGUUUAAAAUGUCGACUGAGGUUCCAGACCUCAAUAUUAAUUUCCCGGCAGAGGAGGAAAAAAUCGCCCAGUUGUGGAAAGAUUUAGAUGCGUUUGCAACCUCCUUAAAGCAGUCUAAGGGACGACCUAAAUAUUCAUUUUAUGAUGGUCCCCCAUUUGCUACCGGACUACCCCAUUACGGGCACAUCUUAGCUGGAACUAUUAAGGAUAUAGUUACGAGGUAUGCGCAUGGUCGAGGUUUCCACGUGGAACGAAGGUUCGGAUGGGAUACUCAUGGUCUACCUGUAGAAUACGAGAUAGAUAAGAAACUUGGGAUCAAGGGUCCUGAGGAUGUUGCCAAAAUGGGAAUUGCCGCGUACAACGCUGAGUGCAGAAAAAUAGUUUCAAGGUAUGCCUCCGAGUGGGAAACUGUGGUUGGUCGGGUUGGGAGAUGGAUUGAUUUCAAGAAUGAUUAUAAAUCCAUGUAUCCCUGGUUCAUGGAGUCCGUGUGGUGGGUCUUCAAGCAGAUCUACGACAAGGGACUUAUCUACCAAGGUUUCAGAGUUAUGCCCUACUCUACCGGGUGUUCUACUCCGCUAUCUAAUUUCGAGGUUGCUCAAAACUACAAGGAUGUGGUUGACCCAGCUGUGAUGGUAAGUUUCCCCCUGGAUGAGGAUAUGAAUGUAUCCCUGGUGGCUUGGACUACAACCCCCUGGACUUUACCGAGCAACCUGGCUCUCUGUGUACACCCAGACCUUGUAUACGUUAGGGUUAAGUGCAACGUGACUGAAAAGGUUUUCAUCAUAAUGGAGUCUAGGUUGACCUACAUGUUCAAGAAGGAAGAAGACUAUGAGGUGCUGGUCAAGAUGCAGGGGAAGGACUUGAAGGGUAAGGGGUACAAGCCCCUCUUCCCGUAUUUUCAGCACAUGAAGGAAUCUGGAGCUUUUAGAGUGCUUUGUGACGGAUAUGUUACCGAGGAUUCUGGUACCGGAGUCGUACACCAGGCGCCUUUCUUCGGAGAGGACGAUAACAGGGUUUGCAUAGCUCAUGGAGUAAUCCAACCUGGAGGAGAGGUUGUGUGUCCUCUGGACGGAGCAGGACGGUUUACCGAGCCUGUGACCCACUUCCUUGGAGAGUAUGUCAAGGACGCUGACAAGAAUAUCGUUAAGCACUUGAAACAGGAGGGUAGGCUUGUCAAUGCUAGCACAGUAAAACACUCCUAUCCAUUCUGUUGGAGAUCUGAGACCCCGCUGAUCUACCGCGCUAUCCCUUGCUGGUUUAUGAGGGUGGCACAGAUGCAGGAACGGUUACUAGAGAGGAACCAGGAUACCUACUGGGUUCCGGAAUCUGUGCGUGAAGGAAGGUUUGCUAACUGGCUGGAGAACGCCAGAGACUGGAACCUAUCCAGGAACAGGUAUUGGGGAACUCCUAUACCUAUCUGGGUAAGUGAGGACGGGGAGGAAACUGUGUGUAUUGGAUCUAUAGAGGAGUUACAUAAGUUAUCAGGGGUUAAACUAACUGACCUGCAUAGAGAGUAUGUUGAUGAGGUGACUAUUCCCUCCUCUAGACCAGGGAUGCCGCCACUACGCAGGAUCUCCGAGGUGUUUGAUUGCUGGUUUGAGUCCGGGUCUAUGCCAUACGCGCAGGCGCAUUAUCCAUUCGAGAACAAGAAGGAGUUUGAGGAUAGUUUUCCUGCAGAUUUUAUUGCAGAAGGAAUUGAUCAAACUCGAGGUUGGUUCUAUACCCUACUAGUAAUAUCCACCGCCUUGUUCAACAAGCCCCCCUUCAAGAACCUUAUUGUGAACGGUCUAGUGCUGGCUAACGAUGGACAGAAGAUGUCUAAACGGUUAAAGAACUAUCCUGAUCCUAUGGAGGUAAUAAACAAGUAUGGAGCUGAUGCGCUCCGUCUGUUCCUAAUCAAUAGUCCUGUGGUGAAAGCCGAGAACCUGAGGUUCAGGGAGGAAGGGGUUCAGGCAAUUCUCAAGGAUGUAUUUUUACCCUGGUACAAUGCGUACAGGUUCCUUCUCCAGAAUAUUGAGAGAUAUGAGAGGGAGGAGGGAGUGGAGUUCUUCUGGAGUGAGAAAACCUACGGGGACUCUAGCAAUGUGAUGGACCGGUGGAUCAUCUCCUUCACCCAGUCCCUCCUGGACUUUGUCUCCACGGAGAUGGCCGCAUAUAGGUUGUACACCGUUAUCCCUCGGCUGGUGAAGUUCAUCGACAACCUGACCAACUGGUAUGUCAGGAUGAAUAGGAGAAGAUUGAAGGGAGAAGGUGGAGCAGCGGAUUGCAAGGCUGCUCUGGACAGUCUCUUCUCCGUCCUGAUCACUAUGGUGAGAGUAAUGGCCUCCUUCACACCCUUCCUUACAGAGAUGAUGUAUCAGCAGUUGAAGAAGAAGGUUCCAUCAUUCUCCGGGCCUGAUUUUAAAUCUGUUCAUUAUCUUCUCCUCCCUGCUGCCAGGAAGGAUCUCAUCCAUGUGGACAUUGAGCGCGCUGUUGCCAGGAUGCAGACUGUUGUGGAUCUAGGUAGGGUUCUCAGGGAUAGGAAAACUAUGCCGAUCAAAUACCCUCUUCCAGAGGUUGUGGUGAUUCACAAGGACGAGGAAUGCUUGUCUGAUCUCCGAAGUCUGGAAAGAUAUAUUCUAGAGGAGCUAAACGUAAGAGAACUAACCUUAUCCGGAGAUAAGGCCAGCUACGGAGUAACCCUGAGAGCGGAGCCGGAUCAUAAAACUCUAGGAUUAAGACUCAAGGGAGCUUUUAAAGCUGUGAUGGCAGAGAUCAAAACUUUAUCAGAUGAAACCAUCUCAGGGUUCUUGGCCGGAGCUGAACUGGUGGUUCAGGGUCACAAACUAGUCUCGGAGGAUCUCCGGAUCAUGUAUAGUUUCUCUGGUGACCAGUCUGCCGAGCUGAGCACAAAGUUCGAAGCUGAUUCCUCUGGAGAUAUUCUUGUUCUUCUCGACACUACUCCUGACGCGAGCAUGCUCGAGGAAGGUUUAGCCAGAGAGAUUGUGAACAGAGUUCAGAAAUUCAGAAAAUCCGCGGGAUUAAAAGUCAGUGACGAGGUCACAAUGCACUACGCUGUAUCUCCGGCCGGACAUAGUUUAAACACAAUCAUCACCAAAUAUCUCAACUAUAUCCAGACCUCAAGUAAGACCCCGCUCCGUCCUAAGAAAGGAAACCUAACCGGAAUCUCUAAAUCUGAAACGUUUGACGUAAAGGAUGCCAAGAUAGAACUGAGUAUCACGCCCGGGUUCCCUGGAGAUUAUUCUAACGGUGAUUCUCCGUCUGGUUCCCCGGCUGUUCCCUGGGUGAAUGUAGAACUGGUUGGUUGCACCCCUGCAGGAUAUAUUGCUUCCUCGAAGGGAGGGAUUCUUCUACCUUCAACAGGGGAAAUUACACUCGCACAAUUACAGAGCAACGUUCAGGAUUUGUUUGGUCUGUACAAUGUGAACCUGGAGCUGUAUUAUAAACCUGAUAAAACUGUCAAGGUUGAGAACAUGAAAUAUCUUGCUUCCAACACCAUCUACGCAUUCAGACCAAAUACUGCAGGAAGCAGUACAGGUGCUGGUUCAGGGUUUAACUGUAAGUUUAUCAACAUUAUGAAAGGAGAAACCCCGACUUCUUUACUCCUUGAGAACCCAGUUGGAAACCCAGUUUACAACCUUGAGGAGAGUUUGCGAAGCUUAAAUAUUGGAUUUUUAUACAAGGAUUCUUCCAAGAAAACCCUGGUCAAAGUUUCAGAGCUGACACGACUAGCUGGGCAAACCCUCUUUGUUUAAAGGGACAAAAAAUAUAGGUUACACAAAUAUAAAAAAAAAUUGA